AUGGCCCUUGCUUUUGAUAAAAUCGUGCUAUUUGGCGACUCCAUCACCCAGCUUGCGUACGAUCCAGCAUGCGGGUUCUGCUUUGGAGCUGCAAUGCAACAUGCGUACUGUCGCAAGUUGGACGUGAUCCAACGCGGUUUCGGCGGCUAUAACUCCGACCAUGCUGUCACCAUCAUCGACCAUCUCAUCCAGCAGGAGACGACCAUGCAAUCCGCAAUCAAGCUUAUGGCAGGUCUUUCCUUUGGAUUUUGGAUUUGGUUCCCCAUUCUAGGACGUUCUGAUCUAAUGACAUUUGUCGCCAGAUUGUUUUCUUCGGCACGAACGACUCUAUCGAGACUCAUCGCCAGGGUCGAGCAAAGUGGUGCUAAAGUUGUUCUCGUCGGACCGGGGCCCUUCAACCAUCACCAGUUCGUGGCGGCGAAUGGCAAGGAGUUCUUCUGCGACCGGACUACCAUUCGGGCGCGUGCUUAUUGUGACGCGGCCAUUGAGGUUGGUAAGGAGAGAAAGGUGCCGACCGUUCCACUAUGGUAUCUCAUAAUGGAAGAGUUGGGCUGGAAAGACGGUGAUCCAAUCUACGGUCUAGAGGAACUUUCUGCGGAAAACCCCUUGAACGAGUAUCUGAGCGAUGAUGGACGACCAGGAGUGCACUAUCUCGGCAAGGCCUACAAAGUGGAAUUCACGAAUGUCAUCAAGGCCAUUAAGGAUUUCUAUCCGGAACUGGAUCCGGACCGCCUUUCUGAGAAAUUACCAGCGUGGGACGUGAUCACGUCAUUGGACAUGCUGUAUGAAGCGACAGCAUAG